GGUUUAGUGGAAUGAAACCUAUAGUCCUAACCGCGAAAAACGAAUCAGGAAAUUCUCGUUCAUAUUUAAUACAGAGACAACAAUAUGGCAACCACCAUUAAUUUCACGUAAUUAAACCUUUGAAAUGGAACCUCAUGAUAUAAGAUCGCUUAAAAAAUAUCAAACAAAGAAAAGAGAGGCUGAGAGGAGGGCUGAUGUUCAAGAUGAAGCCAACUAUUGUACUUUAGUUGCAACACUGUACGAAAAGUAUGGUCAAUAUGAGGAGGCAUUGGAUGAGUAUGAGAGGGCACUGCAGUUGUCUGAGGGGCUUGGUAAACAGAAGGACAUUGCCUUAGCCUGUCGUCUGCUCGGGGAGUGUCACUGCAAACGGGGUGACCUGGACACAGCCCUGAGGCUGCAUCAGAGAUACCUGGACCUGGCAAUUGAUGAAGGGGACAAGGUAGAGCAACAAAGGGCCCUGACCACUAUAGGCAACACGUAUAGGUCGAGACAUGAGGCAGCAACAAGCAAACAAAAAUUGGUUGAGCUGGAGAAGGCCAAAUCUGCGUUUACAGAGAGCCUACAGCUGUGUGAGGAACUGAAGGGCAGCAUCAAGGCUGCAGAGUACAGUGACAUGAAGGGGAGGCUACUCUAUAAUAUUGGCCUGGUAUUCACAGACUUGGGUGAUGUGGAAUCUGGUAUCAGCUAUUUGAAUAAAGCACUGGCAAUUUUGCAGUCUGUAUCGCUGCUUGACGUACUGUUCUUGUGCCAGAGGAACCUGUCAGAUCUGUACGCUGCCAGCGGGAGACUUCCUGAGGCCCUUAAGCUGCUAGAGGAUGCUUGUCACGUCGCAAGGAGGGCCAAGGACAAGCAACAAGAGACUGAGGCAUUGAUAGCCAAAGCUAUGGUGCAUGUACAAGUGCAUGAGUUUUCUACAGCCAGACACUUGUUGAAGAAGGUACACAGCCUCAAAAAGGGAAACCAAACAGAGGAGACACGGCUUUUACAAAUGUAUAAAGCAGUGAAGACAUACGAGAAACAACAAGACCUGCUAAAGAGCACUGCCAGCACAGACCUGGUUGCCAGGAUACCAAUAUAUGAAAAGCUUGGAGAUACAGCUGUAGACCUGGACCAGUUUAAACUGGCACUGGACUUCUACUUGCAACAACUGAAGGCAAGUAAAGCUGCAGGAAUUCCUAAGGAAGCCUUUGCUGCCAUUCAUGUUUCUCUGGCUCAGACAUACAUAGACAGAGGGCAGUGCGAGAAGGCUAUUACCCACUAUAAGCAAGAGAUAGAAUGCAGGGCGGAGACUGAUCAAGAACAGAUUUGUCGAAGCUGGCUUAACAUUGCAGCCAACGAGGAGAAUAUUGGUGUUAGCUACAAGUCAGUCCAGAACUCCUAUGUGAGCGCCUACAAUGCGGCCAAAAAGGCUGGCCACAGGAGACUUCAGGUCCGUUCCCUGCAAGCAUUGAUAGAGUUGUUUCGCGUGAAUAAAGACGAUAAGGCCCAGUGCAAGGCUGAGGCUCAGUUGACCCACAUUCGUAGCAAGUACAACAUCACAGCGGCAGAUGAGGUAGAGGAGAGCCAGCCAUUGGACGACGCUGCGGGAGACGGGUCUGAUGUGGAGGCAGUCAACAAGGAGGAGGAGGAGGUUAUGUCUGAGCUCACAGAGUCAGAAGACGAUGAAGAAAAGGAGUCCCUCAGUGUCCGAGCUGUCAGACAAGCUGGCAAUAGGAAGACACUCAUAUUUAAGCGUAAUAUGGUUGGAGAGACCCCACUGCAUAAAGCCUGUAUCAAAGGAGAUUUGAGAGAAGUUAAAUAUCUUAUUUCUAAGGGCCAUCCAUUAAACCCAGAGGACAACAAUGGUUGGACGCCAUUGCAUGAGGCCACAAAUAAUGGACACCUAGAGGUCACAGAAUAUCUGGUUACGCACGGAGCAGACAUCAACAACCGAGGAGGAUCUGGUUGCGAGGGCAUAACCCCCCUUAUGGAUGCAGCGUCCAGUGGGCAUAUUGAGAUCAUGGAACUCCUGAUCAAACAUGGAGCUAACGUUAUUGCAAAGGACAACAUGGGCCUUCCAGCUCUGCACCACAUCCAGGAGUUCUACCAUAAAUACCCUAACCCUGAGACCGACCUCAAGUGUCGCAACAUGAUCGCACUGCUCAAAGAGAAGAUGCCAGAGUAUAGAGGAAGUCGAGUCCCUGAUAUCCUCUCCCAGCGUGUGCAUAGUGCUCUGAUUCCAACCUCAUCUAGCACUGGUUCCAAGCGUGAACGCAAAAGCACGGGUACCAGGAAGACUGGAAAAAGGUCACAAACAGAGGCUAUUCACUCUGACAGUGAUUCUUCUGUUGACAGCAGUUCAAGGGAGAUCGAUGCAAGCGUCUUUGAUGACCCUGAUGACAAUGACAUUGAUCAGGGUGGGGCAGAAGCCUACAGGAAAGCCAUUUCUGAAGUUGGAAGGUCUGCAAGUAGAUCUGUAGAACUAUCACAUAGAAAGACCUCAGACAGGAAAAAGGACAACCGUGCUCUCCUGAGUGAGGGAGAAUUCGUGGGCGACGAUUGGUUGGAAGAUGAUAUGAAGAAAGGUGUGGUGCGCAAGAAAAACAUGGAUGUCAACGGAUUUUUGUCGUCUACUGGCACACGAAAACGUAACCGUUCUGACUCCAUGAGUCCUAGGAGUACACCAGCCAAGAGACUGGUAUCUACCUCUGCACAGAAGAAGAGGUUAAGAGUGGUGGAUAGUGAUUCUGAUGAUGACUUCGGGAAAGGGGACUCUGUCUGUGGGGUGGAGGGGGUAUCUGCAGUUGCUAUGGAUACUAAUGACACUGAUGGUGUGACUGUGGCAAACGGGAAUGGGCUUUGUGAAAGUAGUACUUUUAUUGAUAACGACCUUAUAUUUGACGAUUUUGAUGAUUUUAUAAUGGUUGACUCUAAAAAUAUUCCACCAUUAAACUCAAAUAAAAACCUAACAAAUUCAGUUGAUAAAACUGUUAAAAAUAAAUUAAAAAAGCAAUCAAAAAUGACUGAUUAUGGUAGUGUACAGCAUGCAAAUAGUGGUAUAAAUGCUACACACUCAAAUUUAGUACCAAAUUCUGCCAUUACAAAUAGUACAGUCACAAACCAUGUGCAGCCUGCCUCAGGUUACACUCAACUAAAUUCUCAGCCAGUGAAAGACAAAAUCAGCAGCGUUAUGAGACUAACAGUUCAUGUGGAAGACUUGAUGUUGCUAAUUCCGGUUGUGGACCCAGACUGUUCCCGGACAUUUGGCUGGCUGGCCCAGGAAGUUGCAGACCGGUACUAUCAGAAGAGGGGCGUAAAGUUGAAGCUGACUCUUGGCAAAGAUGGGGCGCAUUUCUCACCCAGUGACCUUGUGAGUCUCAUGCUGGAGAACAAUGACAAGAUUGAGAGUUACCUGGAGAGCAGGGAUCAGCAACCACCCAUGACUGAGACGUACAAACAAGCAUGUGCUGACCUGAAAAUUGUCCACUACAAGAAUGUGAGUUCCUUACUGGAGGCCAGUGAGGUGUCGGGUCACCUUGACCUCAGUGACCUUGCCCUUCGUGCCACACGCGUCCAGCCGUUGUUGAAGGCUCUCCAGCACUGUACCACCCUGCGCAACCUCAACAUCUCAGGUAACAGGUUAGGAGAUGCGGGCCUGUGCAACCUAUGUAAGGUACUGGGUACAGUACCAAAUUUAGCCAGCCUGAGUCUUGGAUGCAAUGACAUCACUGCUGAGGGUGUCUCCACACUUGUUUGUACCAUCACUGCAGAAAACAGCAAAGCUUUACAGAACCUGUUAUCGCUGGACCUGGGCCACAAUCCACUGUGUGAUGGAAGCCUGCCAAGCCUAGCAGGGCUCAUCAGCUGUCUGCCCCGCCUCCACACCCUUGUACUGGCCUCCUGUUGCAUCACUGUGGCCUUCUUCCAGCACAACCGGCUACAAUUUACUGAGGCUCUUCAUAAGUCUAGCCUCCAGCACUUAGACAUGUCCUACAACCAGCUGGGGUGUGUGGGCAUAGAGUUGCUACUGAAAUGUCAGUACCCGACCAAACUGCUCUCCCUGGACCUGUCGGCCACCCUCUGCGACCACCGGUCAUCACAGAUGUACAGGCACCUGUAUAACUAUGCUACACAGGAUGAGUGUGCCAUUGAGGAGUUGAGACUGCGGUCCUGCCAUUUGGGAACAGAGGAUGCAGACUUCUUUACACAGCUCCCUUCAGUGGCAAAACAUCUUCAGAAGCUGGACCUUUCAGAUAAUCCAAAGAUAACCAGUCCGUUCCUUCAGCAUCUCAUCAAGUCAUCUGCAAGUGACGGGUCGUCUCUUGAGGACCUGGUUGCUAUGGAAACGGGGGUCACAGCGCCUUUGUCUGUUGAGUUUCUGGAUGCGAUAAUGGAGAAGCUAGCAUCAAGAGUGCCUCUCAGACGGCUCGCGUUCUCGUGUAUAAAGCUAGAGAAACUUGACGUGGACAGUUUGAGGCAGGUCUGGUGCGAUCGGUAUGAGAACUUUGCGGAGGUCAGCUGUGGAGAUAAUGUGGUGCGCUUGAAUGUGAAGGACAGAUGAUGUGAGCUGUAUUGAUGCAUAAAUCACAUAGUGAAUUGUGUUGCGAAGCAGCAUAGGAAUCUGGUGUUUGAAAAAAGUAAUAUGGGUAUUGAGCUUCAACCCUUUAUCACUUAGAUAGGUAUUUUGACGCAUGUGUAGUCCCUUAGAUAGUUAGAUUUAAUAAAAGACCUUUCUAACUAUAUUCAAAAAUGUCUACAUUUCCAACCCUUAGAUACUGAUGAGCAGCAAACAGCAUAAAACCUGAAAUGCAAGUUACUCGCACAAUGUACUGGCUUUAUGCUGUUUGCACACAGCCAGUUCCACUUUGCUUCUUAGUGGGAAAUGGUUAAAGGACUUUAGGAUACAUUCAAUUUUGUUGACAUUGUAGUUUGGGGAUAUUUGUUGAAUCUUGAAUUCAUGGAUUUUUUAUGUUUUAACCAAUACUUUUGAUGUAAAUCUUCAUCGAACAUUUUAUUUCUUGGUUUAGCGGGUCUACAAACAACUAGGGUCCGGCAAUUAAAAUUGGUUUCACAGUACUUGAUAAUUUUUGUACUUAAAGUUUAAGUUUGUGAAAAAUAAUCAGAGGCAUCAGUAAUUGGCUGCUAUUAUUCUGAUUUCAAAAUUAAAGUAAAUUCCACAAAAUUUACCCUCAAACAUUGUGUAAUUGUAUGUUUUGAUGUUCAGAACUUAAGUUGUUUGCUGUUCAUCAUGUAUUGUCUUAAUUAGUGAACCAUGGGCUUAUUCAGAUUGUCUUAUGAAUUUGUAUUUUGUAGGACAUUAUAUAGUGGCAAUAUAUGUGUUUGUCCAAUAAAUGCAUGAUUUCUUUGAAUUCUAGAAUUGCAUAUUAAUUUACUAAACCACCAGUUAAUAAAAUUCAACAAGAUGUUUCUUCAUAAGUAAAUUUUACCAGGUUGUUUGUUAUUUUUAUGAUAUUUAUUGAAAUAAAAGAAAAAGCGGG